AUGUACUUGAGACUGCUGGACCUCAUUUGCCCGUGCGACGCAUGGAAGCAAGAUAAUGUCACACCUAUUGCCUCGACAGGAUACUGCUUCGGUGCUCCUUUUGUAAUGGAUUGCCUCGCAAACGACUGGAUCACAGCUGGCGCCUUCGCUCAUCCCGGAUUGCUCGAAGAAAGCCACUUUUAUAACCUGAAGAAACCUCUCUUGCUCUCGUGCGCAGAGGACGACUUCACCUUCUCGCUUGAGAAACGCCGAAGAGCUGAAGACAUUUUACUUGAGAUCAAGGCUGCCUACCAUAUCCAGGUGUUCUGCGGCGUGAAGCACGGGUUUGCGACGCAAGGCAACGUGAACGAUCCCGUGGCCAAGUGGGCAAAGGAGCGCAGCACUGAGACGGUCAUGAGUUGGCUUGAUCUCUUUUCGACGGUGGCGGAACAAGAACGUCAUGCGUAAGAAGCGUUGUUCAGAUAAUGCCACUGGAAGAAGGCAAAUGCAACAAGCGAGAUUCAAACGAUUAUUGCGAUUUGGUCCAUGUUCACAAUGUAUAUUAGAUCGAAGGCUACUAGCAAUACGACGAACUCCCCCCCUCCCCUCGGAACAAGAUCGCUGGCGUAGUGCAUACCUGCGAUUUCGUCUAAUGCGUUGGCUUUUUUGUAAGCUUGGCUAGCGACAUCUUUGACAUCGCGAAUUGCGGCACAGGACUGGACGAAACAUGUAGACACCUCUCGGUACUUGUGACAGGUUAACGUCUCGUUCGCGC